AAGCGGCGUCAUUAUUUUUAUCAAUUCAAAGUGAAUUUACACACGCUGCAUCCAACAACAAUCUGCAACGAUGAUGAAACUGGUUGUUGCUUGUGCUCUUUUCGCCAUUGCCUUGGCCGAUGUUUCGCACCUCUUGAGGAAACAGCCCCAGCAAUAUUCACCCGGACAGGAGAUCCCGAUCUUGCGUCAGGAGUCCGACAUUACUCCCGAGGGAAGCUACAAAUGGGCUUAUGAAACUGGCAACGGAAUUUCCGCCCAAGAACAAGGCCAAGGAGGAGUCUCCGCUCAAGGAAACUUUGCCUUCACAUCCCUGGAAGGAGUGCCAGUAGCCAUCCAAUACGUGGCUGACGAAAACGGUUUCCAACCUUCCGGAGACUCCAUCCCUCAACCACCACCAAUCCCAGAAGCCAUCCUCAAGUCCAUCGCUUGGAACGAGGCUCAUCCAGAAAAACCGGAACCACAGAGCAACAGGAGAUUCUAAAUUAUAAAUAAAUCGUCUCAUUGAUGUUAUUCGUGUGUAAAUAUAUUUUUGUAGGUAAAAUGAAUAGUUAAAUAAAAAUGAUUGCGAUUGA